UAAAUAACCCCACAAAUAAAUAAAUUUAAAAUCCAGUUCCGAUUCGACUCACGUUUCCACAGUUGAGCUUCGUCCAUCUUCCCCCUGGUUAUGGCUCCUACCUUCAUCACUUCCUCUCUCAUUCCCCCUGCUGUCUAUUUCCUCUAUGAUUAUGUAAGACUGCAGUUCUGCAAAGCUGCUGAUGUGACAGAUCCAGGCACCUACACACACCCAAGGCCCAGUGAGCAAAGGGAUGGCAGUGAACUCAGUGGCCACAGCCGCCGUCAUCGCUAUGGAUUUGUGUAUCGAUCGCUGUCCUCGGUGUUGCAUCACAGCAGGACGUUAUGUCACUGGAAAUGAUGCAACAUGUCCUGGAAACGACUGGUAUGGAUGGAUUUUCCAUUGACUCUAAAAGCCAAACACGCCAAGGUCAAAAAUGUUUAGCGAGGUUUAACCUUCCUGUGUUUGAGCGCCGCCACAAACAGGUGCAUUAACAUAAUAAGGCAAACCACUGAGGCUCAUCCGACUGAGCUACUCUUCAUGUACAGUAAUAACUGCUGAAAAAAACGUGUUGAUGCCUGGAGUGCAUGAAACUUGUGUUAUUAGAAGGUUCAAAGUGAUCAAGUGGUGAAGUGAUCACUUUACAUGGUCCAACAUUGUGGACCUUUGUCUAAUAAGCAAAAAAAAAAAAAAAAAACGGUCCCAUUUAAUUAUUUGAUUAAAAAAUGUAAAUUUAAAGAUUUAAAUAUUCUCUCUCAUACCUCAGUUUUCAUGGUUAACUUCUUCUCUCUCCUUUCUCUCCGUUGGUGUAUAGAACUGCUCCACCAAAUGCCCUGCACCUGAAGUUCUUCAUCCCUACUUCCUCCUUUGAAGGGCUCUGGCGUCGCCCCGGGGGAAGAGUGCCCCACUGCUCUGGAAAAUCAGAAGUGAAUGACUUGGGUCCAAUUUGGAAUAGAAAAGUCAGAAGUCAUCACUGCAGUGUUGAAGUGUGAGAUUUGAGACGAAGAAAAUUUUUCCUUGUCCCAAAGAGACUCCUCUGGACCAGAGUGACGUCUGCUAAUGACUCACUGAAGAGGAAGGUGGGAAGAUUAGGAGCACGUUAUUUGGGAUGUUGGCAAGAAUGUGACAAAGAAUAAAGCCAUCGAACCUAAAGAACAUCAUGAUGAGAGGAUGCUUCAGUGUGACUUCAAGAUAAUAUGAAGAAGGUGAGGUUUUUAAACAAUCUGUCACUGGAACUGAAAAGAAGUCAACAACUGAUAAUUAUGAUUUUUGGAAUUGAUUAAAUGAUUGUUCUUUGUAUUGUUUUUAUUUUUUAAACCGUUUGUCUCUGGGAGAAUUUUCCAGAGGCAGAGGUAGCUGGGCGGCACCAUGUGACCUCUCCAGCUGUUGCUGUAUGCUGGUAUGUGAAAGACGGAGCGCUGAAGAAGUGAGGGAGGGGCGUCCAAUGUGACUGGUGACAAUCCUCUGUUCUGCAGAGAGGCAGACAGCAGGGAUGUGAGGAGGAGUUCACACUCUCACACCUCCUGAUUUUAGUGGAUCACAUUUAUUCGUCACCUCUUUACUCUGCAGUCUCACGCAGCAACGCAACACCGGACAAUACCAAAGCCGGCAGCAGCAGCAGGAGCAGCAGCAUCAACUCUUCUGCCCUUCGUCAUCAUCAUCAUCAUCAUCUUCUCACAUGUUGGGGUGAGCAGAUUAACGGCUCCGUUUACAUCCCGGGACUGUGAGCUUGCUGUGGCUGGAAGAUAAAAGGACAGAGGGGUGUUGGAGGUGGUGGAGGAAAGGCUGCAGAGAAUGGUGGGAGAGCCAAAGAGCCCCCCCCUGCACUGAGGAUGGACCAAUGGAGCAACUGCAGGACAAAUAGAUGAAGCAAUCCUCCUGUAAUCCUCCUGUUAUCUGUCUCUCUAGGAAUCUCCAAACACUCACAGCAUCCCACUGAAGGGAUAUGUUCAUCAUCGUUAUGGGAUAGGUAUAUAGAGAGAGUGGUUGCCAUGGAUACCAGCACGCGCAAAUUCACAGUGCGGAGAUGGUUCUCCAUCUACCUGAAGAACAAGGCAGCGAGGAACAAGAGCAACGCAGGAUUCUGUCAGCUGGAGGAUGACAGCGUCUUAAAGGAGAUUGACAUCAGCCACCAUGUGAAGGAAGGCUGUGAGAAAGCUGAUCCAUCACAGUUCCAGCUGCUCAAAGUGCUGGGACAGGGCUCCUACGGAAAGGUGUUUCUGGUGAGGAAGAUCAGGGGAGCAGACAGGGGACAGCUAUAUGCCAUGAAGGUCCUUAAAAAAGCCACACUGAAAGUUAGGGACCGUGUUCGAUCCAAGAUGGAGAGAGACAUUCUGGCAGAAGUCAACCAUCCGUUUAUAGUUAAACUACACUACGCAUUCCAGACAGAAGGAAAGCUCUACCUGAUUCUGGACUUCCUGCGAGGUGGAGACCUUUUCACUCGUCUGUCAAAGGAGGUCAUGUUCACAGAGGAGGACGUGAAGUUUUACCUUGCAGAAUUGGCUCUGGCUCUGGACCAUCUGCACAGUCUGGGCAUCAUCUACAGGGACCUGAAACCUGAAAAUAUUCUGCUGGAUGACGAAGGACAUAUUAAAAUAACAGAUUUUGGCCUGAGCAAAGAGGCCAUCGACCACGACAAAAGAGCGUACUCCUUCUGUGGAACCAUAGAAUACAUGGCUCCAGAGGUGGUGAACAGGAGAGGACAUACACAGAGUGCAGACUGGUGGUCUUUUGGAGUUUUAAUGUUUGAGAUGUUAACUGGGUCGUUACCUUUCCAAGGAAAAGAUCGCAAGGAGACGAUGGCACUUAUCCUGAAGGCUAAGUUAGGGAUGCCUCAGUUCCUCAGUCCUGAGGUGCAGAGUUUACUAAGAGCACUCUUCAAGAGGAACCCUGCAAACCGCCUGGGUGCAGGACCAGAUGGAGUUGAGGAAAUAAAAAGACAUCGCUUCUUUGCUUCGAUAGACUGGAACAAGUUGUACAAGAAGGAAGUAAGGCCUCCCUUUAAACCCACUGUUGGACGACCUGAAGACACUUUUCACUUUGAUCCUGAAUUCACCUCCAGAACACCAACUGAUUCUCCAGGAAUCCCUCCCAGUGCUAACACCCACCAGUUGUUUCGUGGUUUCAGCUUUGUUGCAACUCAUCAAAGUCAGGAGCCGAGUGUGGCUGCAAUCACGACUUCUCGUCAGGAAGUGAAGAACAUGGAACCGAUAGGACAGCAUCUUCGCGGUGAUGUGUCCUUCAGCGACGUCUAUGAACUGACUGAAGACGUGGGACAGACUGUGUCUUGUGUCCGCAGGACAUGUCUGCACAAAGUAACAGCUGUGGAGUAUUCAGUUAAGAUCGUCGACAGAGUGAAAAAAGAUCUGUCCGAGGAGAUUGAGAUUCUGCUCAGAUACGGACACCAUCCAAAUAUCAUUUCACUGAAAGACGUUUUUGACGAUGGUCAGCGCGUGUUCCUGGUUCAAGAUUCACUGAGAGGGGGCCAGCUGCUGGACAGAGUUCUGACCCAGGCAGACUUUACAGAGAGAGAAGCGUCAGACAUCAUCUGCACACUGGCCAAAACAGUGGAAUUCUUACACUCAGUGGGGGUUGUGCAUCGCGACCUGACACCCAGUAACAUAUGUUACUCUGACGACAGCGGGCGGCCGGACUGCAUCGCAAUCUGCGAUUUUGGAUCUGCCAAACAGCUGAGAGCAGACAAUGGCUUGUUGAUGACUCCUUGUUACACUGCGACGUUCAUGGCUCCCGAGGUCCUAAAGAAACAGGACCACGACGCAGCAUUUGACAUCUGGAGUCUCGGUGUCCUGCUUUACACCAUGAUUGCAGGUGUCAGUCCAUUUGCCAGUAGUGCUGAUGACAAAGCAGAUGUGAUUCUGACUCGGAUUGGCAGUGGUUUGCUCAUGACCACUGGAGGAAACUGGGAGCUAGUGUCAGACGGUGUCAAGGACAUUGUGGCUAAAAUGGUUCACGUGGAUCCUCAUCAGCGUCUGACUGCUUCACAGGUUCUUCAUCAUCCUUGGAUUACUGAUAGAGACCAGCUCUCGGAAAAACCUCUCAGCCGACACGAUGUAGACGCUGUCAAGGGGGCACUGUCAGCGACCUACUCGGCUCUGACAACCAUCAUGCCUGCUCCUGUCCUGGAGCCCGUCCAGUCGUCCACCCUGGCUCAGAGGAGAGGAGUGAAGAAAGUGGUGAAUCCACAUGUCGGUACAAAGAACAAAGAGGAUGAGAGUGGAACUAAAGACAUGAUGUAGUACUGCUAGUAGUACUAAUUUGUCCCUCUUAAAUAAAGACAAAGAAGCACAAACAACCAGUAAAAGAACUGAAAAAAAAACCUUAACAAAGAUAGAAACGACAAAUUUCAGUCUUUUUUCAAAGAAGCCAGAAACAUUUGUAAUUUGAAAAACAAAACAAAAACAGAAAUUUUCAGAUCAAGAUUCUCCUUGUUUUUCAAGUAAAUAUAAUUUUGACAUGAAUCACAAUCUGGAUUGGACUUGAAAAUCUGAACAUUAACAUUUAGGAUGAGAUUCUCUCGACAGUGACGUGGUCCAUGUUCACAGCUGCAUGUUCAAUAUGUUAAUGUCAAACCAAAGGGAAUAGAAACCAUCCACGUCUCCUGGUUCCUAAUGCACUCAAUCAUUAAACUGUAUUUUACAAUCGUCUUCCACAAAAACAGCCUACACCUGGUGAUAAUACGACUGCACUUCACCACUAGGGGCAGUGUGCUAAGUGUCAUGUUUAAUUUGUCUUAGUUUUUCCAACAAUAUAUUCAAAAAGUGAGUGGUGUCUUUGUGUAAUUGCAGUGAGUUUCUCUCUUUCUCUCUCUCUCUCUCUCUCUCUCUCUCUCGUGCCCUGCAGGCUCUUGUUAAUCCUCAGCAUCUAAGUCUCUGUUUCUGUUGCCCUGCUCGUGUGUCAUAUGCUGUAGAAGCAGAAGCAGACUGGAGAUACAAUAAGUGCAUAUACUCCGCAUAGCACACUAUGUGUAGUAGCUACUGUUGACAGAUAAGAAACCAUAACUGAUAUGUAACUAAUGCAAACUUUAGCUCAGUUCUUUACGUCAUGUUCGCUGAUGCACAAUCUGUAUGUGUUGUAUGAAUCUGGGACUGAUGCAAGUACGUGAGGCACCAAAGACUGUAGACUCUGUACGGGCUUGUCCCACUCAGUGGGCCUCGACGUAGGUAUAAAAGUUCUAUGCUAGCCCACUCCAGUGUAUCUAAUGUAAACCCACGUGUGGCCCACUGGGUGGGUUGCAGCCCUAGCAAAGAUGUAAAUAUUAUAUUGUUUAUGAAUUUUGGAUGUGCAAAUCCACCAGCAGAUAGGUUAUGUUUUUGUAUAUACCAUUCAGUAUCCAGCAGGUGUUUACAGCACUGCACGUGUAGUACUCACAGUGUACAUACUGUCUAUAGCUGCUCAAUUCUUAACUGUUGGCAACAAUGACAAUGUUUUACUAAUGAUGGAAAAUGCAACGCAUAAAGGAAGUCAAACAAA